AUGAUGCCUUCGAUCCCAGAAUGCUUCGAAAACAAGAAUAACCGGCGGUACUACGAAAUCGCCAAGAUCAUGAUCGUCAAAGAGCUCCUGAAUAUUCAUCCAACGGAGAAGCAUAUCAAGAGCAUUGGGGUGAGCAAAAGUCUCUUUGAUUCCAUAAAAAGAGCAUUUGCUACACAGAAAGAAGAAGAAGUGGAGGUUGCAGUCCAAAAGAAGGAGAAGCCACGUGGCACCGAGAAGAUCAGAACUCAGUGGAUUGCUCCAAAAGCUCCAAAAGCGAUCAACAAUGACAACUUCUCGAAGAAGUUUGUCGUUCAACAACCAAAACGGCAUAAUUAA